AUGUCUACCUCGACUACAACGAUCACCGUCUCCUCAGCGUCUGUCAUUUCUUCUUCCUCGGUCUCAGUUGUCUCUUCCUCUUCCAAACCCGCAUCUACAAUUUCUUCGGCACCAAUUAUCUCUUCUUCAUCUAUCACAACUGUCUCUUCCUCAGCUCCAGUCAUCUCUUCUCCUUCCUCUUCAACUCCAAUUAUCUCUUCCUCACAGCCAUCAAUCUCCUCCUUAACAACCCCCGCACUACCGAUCCGCCACACAGCCUCCCAAACCCUCUCCCCAUCCCACAUAUCCGCAGAACCAUCUUCUCUCCUCCAAAUAGCGACUCCGAUUGCUAUUCCUCCACCUACCGGUACUUCUAUAUCUCUCCUCACCCAACUCCAAGAAGCCCUCGACUUCACCUCCACCCUCCUCGGUCUUUUCUUCGUUUCCCUCCUCACCCUCCUCUUCAUCUACUGGAGCACUCUCUACAUCCUACGCAAAACCAUCGGUAUAACUCCCCGCGAUACAUCCCCGAUCACCCAACUCAAAAAUAAAAACAAUGCCCCCACCUCCCCCAAAUCACCCAGCCACCUGCAAACCACCACCCCGCUCCCCCAAAAGAAAGAAGUAGGAUUCGCCCCCCACCCCUCCGACCCCGAAUUUGUUCUCUCAGGGCAAAAAGCCCAAGAAACCAAACGUCGUUUAUCCUCUAUCCCUCAAUCACCCACCUUGCCUACCUCCUCUCCCCCCCUCUCCUCAACAUCCCCAUACACACUUUUCCCCUCCUCGCAGCCCUGGCCUACAGAUGGAGUACAACUCGCAGGUCUAGGGUCCGUAUCCGAUUCCGAAAAAGAUCAAGUGGCGCAGAUAGCGCAGGCUACGAAUGCUGAGGAACUAAGCGAGAUGGCAGGAAAGAGAAAGGAAGAUGUGUUGGCGGAGGCGGAGUUGGAGUUGGAGUUUCAGAGAGGGUGA